CUUACCUCUUGAGAGUUUCUGGAACCGUAGAUAGUAUAGAUGCAUGUUUAGGUAGAUACUUACAUGCUACUUAGAUAUGAAAAGUGCAACCCCGUUGUAGACAACAUUUUUACAACCUUCGCCUCCCUCCAGAAGGACUCUGUAUAGCUGUGACUCGUCGCCUCCUCCUGUAAAACAAGAUGCAGUAGCUAAAGUUUCGCACAAAAAAGUACAGCAAGAUAAAAAUCCUUUCGUUGUCGUCCCCGAGGAGUUGUUGUUUUCGUUCUGCUCCGUUUUGCUUCUGAGCUGCGCCAGCUCUUCGUUAGUUGCUUUUCUUACUGCCUGCUGCCACUGGAACAACGAACCCGGGGCGAAGACGAUGGUCCAGUUGUGUUGACCACACGCGAGCAGGACCAUCCUUUGGCAUUCUUGCGGAGAGCAAAGUGCUGUGGCGAACGCGAAUCGAAGAUGCGCACCGCCGCGCUGGAACUACUGGACGAGUCCUCCCCAUGUAAUUCAUCAUCAUCUUCUCAGCGGAAAGGGAAAGCUGCAUGCUGAUGCUUUGCGAUUGCCUAGAAGCGAGGACGAAGUAGCGGCGGCCCUAGGAAAAUGUAGCACCAGGCAGGUUGUACUAGUUGUUCCUGACGCGCUACAAUCUUCUCCGACAUCAACAGUGAGAAGUAUGUACAACUAAGAAAGGCCAACGUCUUCUUGUUCGCACCCUGGACCGCAACGGCCGCUGGAGCUACCCCGUUGAUAUUGAAACUGGUGUGAAGAUUCUUGGAGCCAGUUCUUCUACAACUGCCUUCGAAGGAGUUCAUCCCGAAGUACCCGUGCGUAACGACUUCCGCAUAACAACGAACCAAAGUUAUCAACAUGGGUGCCUACUUGUCCGAGCCCAAGCGCGAUAAGGACUCUGAGAACCAAUCCGGAGAUGGGUGGGACCUCGGUGCCUCGUCCAUGCAGGGUUGGCGGGCCAACAUGGAGGACGCGCACCUGGUACUCCCGAGCUUCGGAGGCGACAGCGACACCUUCCUUGUGGGCGUGUUUGACGGCCAUGGGGGGCAGGAGGUGGCAAAAUUUGUCGCAAAACACCUCGGCGAGGAGGUGCUGGCAAACGAGUAUUAUAUAUGAUACAGUGCAGCUAAUUUCUUGUUCUAGGGAAUGCGAAUGGUAGUUUAUACCACAACAAUGUACACGAUAAUGUUAAUGCCGGCGACUGAAACAGAAACAAAGACAAACGCAUAUAAAGGAAUCUUCUGAAUUAUAGGCACUACCAGGGCGGAGAUGGGAACAUAGGGGAAGCGCUGCGAUCAAGUUUCCUGAUAUCAACUGCAAAUAUGUCUGGGUCUGGAAGAUUCCGGGAUUUGUGAUGCAUAUUUUGCAUGAUCCAUGAUGCACGUAAUGCAUGCCCUAGCAUCACAGAUUUUAUGCGAGCUUCCUGCUGCCUAUACCGCAUCAGAAAUGCCCUCUGGCUAUGACAAAAACUGGACCUCUCUUGGCGUUCAUGCAAUACAGAUUUAUUGUAGAAUCCAAAGACAGCAUGACAAGUUGCAAUCUUCCAGACCCAGACAUUUUUGCAGUCCAGGCCUGAACAUGGAUGACAAACUCUUCCGGCCGCAUUACCGAAAGGAACUGGCACGAUGGAAAAACAAAGGUAGAUGCUUUGGUAGCAGCUAGUUACUAUCAAACAAAAAAACUUUCUCGUCACGAUCACUCAUGCGCAUCUUUGCAAUACAAAACUGUUUGUCAUGCGUAAAAACAAAAAGGCAUCACAGCGGCCAAACUUCAUAAGGGAUUUCCCUAGUGUUCCUGCAAUACAAGUUGUAAAAGCUGUGAUGCUAAAGAAAUUUGCAAUGCAAAACCUGCAACCUCCCAGGUAGUGCCCAGAACAUUUUUGCGCAGAUCGUGCAGUUGGCAAGUGCGAACGAGGACGGCGGGCCCGACCCCUUCAGCGGGCUCGGAGGGCCAUAUACAUUGCAAAAGUAUUGUAGACUCGUACUGAUUGCGGAUAUACAUGACAAAUCUGCUUCCCAAGGUAAACCAGCAUGACAAACUCCAUUUUGAAUGCUGAGAAAAUUUGUAAUGCAAUUUGUACUACAGCUACUAGUACUAGCGCGAUACAUUUUUUGCAAUGCAUAGGCCAAGUUCUGCGACAAGUGCGAACGAAGACGAGGAAAAGGCAAAGGAGGAAGAAGAGGAUUUUCCACCAGAGCUGAAAGACACCGACCCAAAGGACCAAGUACAGGCCGGGUGCACCGCCGUCGUAGCGUGGCGGAGAAAAAACAAACUCAUCGUCGCAAACGCGGGGGACAGCAGGGCAGUGCUGUAUUGAGUGAAGUGUUGCUGUCGCUUUCGCUUUGUCGCAAGAAAAAUCAAACUGUUUGCGUUUCAUUGUAAAGUAAAAAAACCUUUAUUUGACAAAGAAGACCACGAGCUUGUCAUCACCAUGAUCCUGCUAGAAAUGCAAAAUCACCAAACCAUUCGGGAGACAUCGACAUAUCAAUAUCAGGUGCCGGGACGGCGUUGCAGUCGCCUUGUCAAAUGACCACAAACCAGAGUUGCCGGAAGAAACGGACCGGAUUAAGAAGGCGGCCGGGUGGAUAGAAAACGGCAGGGUGAACGGAAAUUUGAACUUGUCACGGGCAAUAGGCGACCUCACGUACUACAGGAUCAUGCACCAUUGAUUUGUCAUGCUACGACGGUCGACCCUCGUGCUAGAGCUAGCACCACUGCAACAAAAAAUAUUUCGUUCUGUUGAAGAUGCGCUCUAUUUCAUGCGGCGAAACUGCUCAACCGCGCUCGUUUUUUUACAAGUGAACAAAAAACCUUGAGGUACAAGAAAAACUCGUCCCUGACACCCGAAGAGCAGGCAAUCACCGCCAACCCGGAGCUCACAACCUGGGAAUUGCAGGACACAGACGAGUUCAUCAUAAUGGGAUGCGACGUAUGCAUUGCAAAAGCAUCGUACUAGUAUAAAUCGCAAUACAAGUUUUUUCAGAAGGAAAAAUUGAGUUUGUAAUGUUGACAAGAUUUGUCAUGCAUGAUUGCAAUUAGUACGAGUACGAUACUUUUGCACAGGAUGCGACGGAAUCUGGGAGAUUAAGAGCAACCAGGAAGUGUGCGAGUAUAGAGAAAUGAUUUGAUGAUUUUUGUUAUGCUGUAACCGCAUGAUGAGUAUUUUUUGUCAUGCUGAGACUGCAUCUACUUAAAACUAAACAGCUUCGUGAAGCAGCGGCUGCCAGACACGCUGAAGGAGAAGAAGCCACUGUCCAGCAUAUGCGAGGAGUUCAUGGAUUCAAUUCUAUCCGAAGAUAUCACCAAGACCGAGGGAAUGGGUUGUGACAACAUGACCAUGAUCAUUAUUUUGCUGAAAAAGGACUGAAAGAGACUGAGAAUCUACUCCUUAUGUAGUUUUUUUGAAGCACGACUCGCUGGAAGCGCGGGCGUGUCUUUUGUAUUGUUGUACUUAUUAGUUGUUGCUGUUGGACGAUUAAGAUGAUGUUUUUUUUUGCGAUCGAUACUGGUAUUGCUGCGGUGCUGACUCUAGCUCAGUACAUUGUGUUUCGCGCUGUCCCGGUAGAGUAAGGAGGGGCUAGUACACACAUGAAAAAUAUGGACAGCACCUACUACAACUACUGUUCAGCGACUGUAGAAGUGCUGGAAUAGGCUUGUAUAAAUGCAAACUACGUAGGUUUUCUGCAUUUUUUUGCUGAAAUGGACACGUCGACUGUGACCGAUCGUGAAACUCAAAGCUAUGUGAAUUUCAUCUGCUCCUUCCGCUAGGUCGUGAAGAAGCGCAGUCUGAGGCAAGGCAAUCAGUGUAUGACGUGCAGCCAGGAGGAGCACAAGCUUGAGCCUUAGUGCCACCACCGUAGGGGUGGACGAUAACAAGCAAGGUUUCAGUCGUGUAGAUCAGGAGCACGUCGCCUUUUAUGAAGAAAAUCAUUUUCAAAUCGCUACUAUCGGGUACUGUCUUCUGAUAAACCUUUUUCAGCUACCCCGCAGCACUACCUAGUACAAGUACAGCCUAGUACAAUCUGG